AAAAUUCGCCUUUGUGUCAAUCGACCGAUAAGUUCGACCAGCGCCUGCAGAAAACAGUCAGCGCCACUAGUGACCAAUAAUUUUAACGCAAUUAAAAUUGUACGUCGACCGAGUCAUCGUACGAGUAUUUUAUCAAUGUAUCCAACUACUGCGCCAGGAUAGAAAAGAGCAGUAAAACACGCCUCACUUUCGUUCGGAAGAGCGAAGAAGUCAUUGGAAAAUUUUCCGAAAACGUCAGAACUAUCUGGACCCUUGCAGUGAGGAGCAGUGAAAAUUAAGUUGUUAAAACGAGAAAAUCGCUAUAUUUUGGAUCGAUUUUCUAAUUGUGGUCAUGCAGAAUCACGCCAAUCCAACUAGAAUGGAUAUUGCAUAAUAAUUGAAACGAGAAUUUUUUUUACCAACAAGCAACAAAGAAUACAACAGCAAGAGGAACGCAGUCAGAGGAAAGGCGAGAAAAAAAGUGAAUUUAGUUUUCUAUUUUUCUUCGAUCCUAGAAGGUGGACAAGCCAAUGGUACCACGGAACGUGUGGAAGUAGCCGGAGGAACGCGUUUUAGAUGCAAAAUUUGGAUUGAACGGACAGAAAAACACACGUCUCACGAAUCUGCCCUGCAAGAGCCAGAAGAAAAGUAGGCUUCCAUUUUGCUCUGGUCGCGUUUUCUGACAGCUCAGACGGAACGUCAAAAGUUUUUUGUGCAUCCAUCAGAGGGGGUUUGCAGCAAAGUGUUGAAGAAAAGUGCUUUCUUGUGAAGGAUUUGCUGCUGCCAACGGAGUCGAACGCAACCGGACUCGAGCUGGGAUUUCUUCCGACUGCGGACGGGGGCUUAAACGCCGCUAUGGAUUUCGACAAGCCCGUUGAAGCAAUGGACACGCAAGACGAUAACGAGAUAGAUCCCCCAAAUGCGCAGAUCAAUCCUCCAACAGUGGGAAAUAAUCCGGCGAAUGGAGGAGGAGGGGGAGCGACCGGUCCGGAGCAAAUGAGCAUGGACGAUCAGGACAAUCUGGACGACGAGGUACGCUCGGAGGCGACAUUCAGCUUCAAGGUUGAGAACCUAAGCAGAUUCAAUGACUCGAUCCUGUCACCUCCGUACUUCGUGAGGAAUCUGCCUUGGAAGAUUAUGGCCAUGAAGCGAAAUAACGAAGGAACGACACCGGCCAGCAAAGGCCUUGGCUUCUUCCUUCAGUGCAACGGAGAAAGUGACAGCUCUAACUGGAGCUGUUUUGCAUCGGCUGAACUUCGGUUGUUGUCCGUCAUACCAGGAAGGGAUCCCUUCGUACGGAAAAUUCGGCACACUUUCAGUCGAAUCGAAAAUGAUUGGGGCUUCUCGUUCUUUAUGAACUGGCUGGAUAUCCUAAACCCCGAGAGUGGCUACAUCCAGAACGAUGCCAUCACCCUGGAAGUGCACGUAACAGCCGAGCCACCUCGCGGUAUUUUCUGGGACUCGAAAAAACACACAGGAUAUGUAGGAUUAAAAAAUCAGGGAGCGACCUGUUAUAUGAACUCGUUGCUUCAAACCCUCUACUUUACAAACCAGCUGAGAAAAGCGGUGUACAAAAUGCCAACCGAAGCCGACGAUGAUUGUAAAUCAGUUGCUCUGGCACUCCAACGCGUUUUCCACGACUUACAAACGCAAAGUAAGCCCGUUGGAACGAAGAAACUUACCAAAAGCUUUGGUUGGGACGCCUUAGACUCCUUCAUGCAGCACGAUGUGCAAGAGUUCUUGCGUGUGCUCCUUGACAAAUUGGAAAACAAAAUGAAAGGAACGAGCCUUGAGGGUACCAUCCCAAAACUUUUCGAAGGCAAAAUGAUUUCCUAUAUCAAAUGCCAGAACGUGGACUACACUAGCCGUCGAACGGAAACCUUCUACGACAUCCAAUUGAACAUCAAGGGUAAGAAGAACAUCAACGAAUCCUUCGAGGACUAUAUCGCGACCGAGAUUUUGGACGACGAUAACAAAUACGACGCGGGCGAACAUGGUCUCCAGAAAGCAGAGAAAGGAAUCCUGUUCAGUAAGUUUCCUCCCGUUCUUCAUUUGCACCUGAUGCGGUUCCAGUACGAUCCGAUAACGGAUAGCUCGGUGAAGUUCAACGAUAGGUUUGAGUUCGACGAGAAAAUCAAUCUGGAUCCGUUCCUGGAGAAGCCGGAGGACACACCGGCCACUUACAUCCUGCAUGCCGUUCUCGUUCACUCCGGCGACAACCACGGUGGACACUACGUGGUGUACAUCAACCCGAAGAAUGACGGCAAGUGGUGCAAGUUUGAUGACGACGUCGUGUCACGAUGCACCAGGAACGAAGCGAUCGAGCAGAACUAUGGCGGGCACGAUAAUGAUCUGAACAUACGGCACAGCAGCAACGCCUAUAUGCUGGUCUACGUGCGUGAAUCUGUUAUUCACGAGGUGCUUGAAGAGGUAAAAUGUAGCGACAUUCCGGAAGAGCUACAGGAACGUUUGGACGAGCAACGGCGUAUCCAGCAGUGCCGUAGAACAGAGCGCACCGAAGCUACCAACUACAUGAACAUUAACGUCUUGCUCGAGGAUUAUAUGGAAAUCUACCAGAAGUCGGACCUCUUCGAUCCGGCUACGGCUACGUACCGAAGCUUUAAGGUACGCAAGGCAACCACAAUCGCCGAAUUGGCGACACUGUUUUCGAAGACGUUCAAAGUAGAUCCGGAGAAGAUGCGCUUGUGGACCGUGUCGAAGAACGAUUUGAGGAUACAUAAGUUCACGUUGAUUGACCAGAAUGCAAAUGAGCCCUGCAGUAAGCACGCCUAUCAGGACCCGAAAAACUCGUGGACCAUAUUUCUGGAGGUGGCCUCGCCAGAUUCAGACCAGCUGCAUCCGGUUGAAGAGAAUGACCUAUUGAUAUUCUUCAAAUCCUACGACCCGAUUGAAAAGCGACUGAACUACUGUGGUCAUGGGUUCUUCAAAGCGAAGCAGUUCCUCUCAGACCCAAAUUUCCAGGAGGAGUGCAUUAGGCGAGCGCAUUUCGAACCCGGUACGGAGAUACAGCUGUACGAGGUGACGGACAUCAACAAGGCGACGAAGAUUAGGGAUUCAUAUGUAAUUGAUGCAGCACUGUCGCGGGCAACGAACGGAUCGAUCAUCAUAAUCGAGAAGGUCAAUCCCGGCGUGGAGCACCUGGAGUUUCCGACAUGCGAAGAAUAUCUGAAGGAUCUCUACUGUCGGAUCGAGGUGGUGUUCGUCGACACGCUUAACCCAAACGAUACCGGUUUUACGCUGGACUUGUCCUCGGAAUCCAACUACGAUCAAAUAGCCAAGGCAUGUGGCCGGAGAAUCAAUGUCAAUCCGUAUGAAAUUCAGUUUUUCAAGUGUAAAAAUUUUAGUGAUAUUCCGGGACAGCCUCUUCAGUACAACUACACGGGCACGUUAAAGGAAAUUCUCAGCUAUACGAAGGCAAAAUCUGUUAGGAAGUUGUUCUAUCAGAAGCUAUCGAUUAGUAUCAACGAAUUGGAAAACAAGAAACAGUUCCGCUGUUUGUAUCUAAUGCCGAACCUGAAGGAGGAAAAGGAAUUAAUACUGUAUCCAAAUAAGAACGGCACAGUGCAGAGCCUCCUGGCAGAGGCCGCCAAAGUGAUCGAAUUCAGUGAAAAUAGUACGAAGAUUUUAAGAAUAUCGGAAUUAUCCAAGAACCGAUUAGCGCCGGGACCGUCCAAGGAUACCCCGCUGGAUCAGCUGCACGAUUACACAGACAACACGUUUGUGCAGCGGUCCACGAUUAGUAAUCAGAAAAUGUACCGAAUUGAGGAGGUGGCGGAAGACGAAAUAAAUCCAGCGGAGAACGAGAUGCUCGUGCCGGUACUGCAUUUCACCAAGGACAUUGGUAGCAUUUUUGGAAUUCCCUUCUUCAUUCGAACGGUGCACCACGAGACGUUCGCCGCUCUCAAGGAGCGCAUGAAGAAGAAACUGAACGUGUCCGACAAAGAGUGGGAGAAGUACAAGCUGGCCAUCAUCACCGAGCACGUGGACUACAUUGACGACGAAACGAUCGAGAUAAACUUGGAUAUGUUCAAACCAGACCUAACCGAUCUCAACUCGCGGACCUACCUGGGACUGGAACACAUCAACAAAAAUACAAAGCGAAGCAGGUUCAACUACAUGGAGAAGGCGAUCAAAAUCUACAAUUAGAGAACUAUAGAAAUCUAUUUCUUCUGGCUCUGUGUCACACAAUCAAUCAUUGACGACGCGCUGCUUGUUUUCGUUUGUGUCAGAAAUAAAAGUAAAAAUUGCAGAAUUUAACAACAGGAAAAUCCCACAAACAUCUCUGUAUUAUUACCCAGUGGUUUUGAACAGUUUGAUUGGUCAGCGAAGGCGAUUUCGCUCACAAUGAUCGACGUUUAAACAUGCAUUAGGAAUGCGUCCGUUACGCAUAGGUAACAAUUCUGUGUAAGGCAGAAUUGACUCGUUCAUAAAACGAAGCAAAACCUAACUAGAAAACAAUAUCUACAAGUUAAAAGAUGAAUGCUGUUAUUAAUUUUUUUUAUUAUCCGUUUUUAUAUCGUCAAGUUUAAUGCCAAUCCCCUCACCAGAAGGCUUAAGAGCGAGAUUCGAGAUUUUUUGUAAAGUGCGCGGUAAAUAGUAAUCGAAACUGCUAACGAAUAUGAACGAUUCUAGGAAACCAUACUCAAUCUUCCUGCAGAAGCACGCAAACGGAAUCGGUGAGCAUUGUUUUUAUUUCGAGGAGACAAAAUAGUUUUAUGCGUGUUUACUCACACGAUCACGAUUGUAUGUUAUUUCCCGGAAAAGUGCUAUCCAAAAAUGUUCGAAAGAGUUGUGAUGUGAUCUUCAUUGCGAAAUACAAUUUUGAUGCAGUACAGAGUACAGAACCUUUUUUAUAAUUUCGCGGGAUGCAUUUUUGCAGGAACGUUGCAUGCUUCGGAAAUUAUUUAGACCCUUUCCAAUCAUAAAUGAUGACGCUUGUUUUCCCCUCCCUACUUUUGUCACCUAACCCACACUAGAGUAGGAUUACAAUGAGCCUCUUAUUCGCUGUAACAAACAUAAAAAGCUUUCACUCUGCUGAGCGAGUGUGCGAGAGAGAUAGCCUAGAGAAAACAUUAUCAUCUGCCGAAAAUGUGACAGAGAACCAUAAAUGAUUCUCUACAACACAGAUACAGAGGAAACAUAUUAAGGCAAAUCGAUUAUUUAUAUUUAAAUUAAAGAAAUAAAAAGAAUGAGAAGGUUAAACUAUUAAGACUAUAGCUAUAAAAGUACAUGCAAAGCAGAACAAGAAAACAAAAAUACAGAUUAAGCGCCCGGCUAGCAAAUCCAAGAACAAACAGGAGUUCCAUUGUACAAGUCGUGUUGAGCACUUGACCAAUGUUAAAAUGUAUGGGAAAAUAAGCUCAGCUCUUCUUGCAUAAUGGUAAUCUGUCAAUCACUUUUAAAUCUCUCGCUAAAUUGAGGACGAACAGAAAAUAAUGGAAUUACUGACUGUGGAAGAAAGCCUGAUAAUAUACCUAAAGUUACGAAAUAAAUAAACAAAAGCAAACAAACUCAUCUGGAUUGUGCCGGAAGUGAAGCUGUUUUUUGUUUCGGUUUUCUCCAACAAUUCACCCUUUCACACAAUACACACUCACACGCCAACAACAUAUUCAAUGAAGAGAAUGUUUUUUGUUUUAUAAUCAAGAGGCAGAAAUAUGACAGCAAAACAACUUUUUUCCUCAGCCUCUCGAAUGAAGUAAUAAAAACGGAAAAAUGAAGUGUAUCUAGAGAAAAAAGCGUGACCUUGGUCUUGGGAAGACCCGGACAUUUCGAUCGCCAAUUGAGUUGGCGAAAAAAAAAACGGUAGUUGCGAAGAAGCAACAAAAGGAGGAGUGUGUUGAUGAGAAAGAUAAUAAAUCGAGAGAUAGAGAGAGUUGGUAGGAGGAUGGGAGCGGGAGAGCCGUAAUUGUAAUAAAAACAAGUAAAAAUUAUAAAAAAUAAAAAACAAUAAAAAAAUAUUUUAAAAAUCUA